UCUCAAAGCUCUCAGUAUAAUCUCCGUUCACUAUCACUUUGCUGUCUGAUUGCUAUAUAUUGUUUUUAUCAUAUUUGUAAAAUUUUUUCCAAAAUCCAUUAUUUGCAAUUGCUGAACCAUAAAUUGCCAGGAAACAUUAUCAAACGCCUUUUGGGCAUCUAAAAACACUAAUGCUAGUUGUUUCCCUGGAUGUAAUUCAUAGUAUUCUAAUAUGUCCAUUAUCACCCUUAAAUUGUUUUUAAUUUGUCUCUUCGGUAAAAAGCCGUUUUGAUUUGGAUGUAUAAAUUUAACUAAGUAUUUUUUCAAUCUCUCUGCCAUUAUUGAAGUAAAAAUUUUAUAAUCCACUGUCAAGCCCUCCUGGGCUUGACACAUAAGACAGGGGGGGAACUGACCUAUGAAUCGAGAAGGAAGAGUGUACAGCAGCACGGCAUUUCCACGGAGUACAUGAGUGUGGAGUCUCCGACGAUAAUACAGAGCAUCGACAGUUCUAAGGAGCAGGAACUGACAUACGCAGAAGGACUGUUACGCAUGCGCAGAGCCACCUCAAACCCGCCGAACAGCUGAUCAGCAAUGGAUUUGAAAUCAGCUGAUAGGCGGCGACCCACGGAUUGCUUUGCUAGCGCAAGGCGUACUAAGGAGGAUUGAUUCAACAAGAAUGUUUUGAAACACUGAUUGGAGGCCAGGAGGGUGGAGACGUUGGGUGUGGUAGGGAGACGUGGAUGAUUCGGGUGUGGUGCAGGUGGAGGUUAAUGAGCACGGGUGUGGUGAAGGUGUGGUCCAUAAUUGCAUAGGGUGGAGUGAAAACGUAAGUGUAUUUAACUAACGCUGGGAGGCAGUUGCUCCCAGUGCAAACUUUGUAUAGCACAGAGCUGGUGCAACGCUUGUCUGUGUUAAACAUCAUUGCCUUUCCUUGAAGUAAGCCGGAGCUGUUUUCACCCAGAAAUCUCAUCAGUGCAUUCUUCGUGUGGAGUCCGGUAGGGAGGCUGACAGGAAAGUUUGCGCUCCCAAAACCCUAAAACCUUCUGUUCCCUUUGUGUUGUGUUCCCCCCUCUCUUUUCGUGGGUUUAGGAGGGCUCUCCCUUUGUGAGUCUGGAUACUUGCAUUUCCUACAUCUAGCCUGAGUUUGAAUCCCCUUGGUGGGUUGCUGGCAUAGGUUGACUUAUUACAGGAUGGCAGAAGGUGUACAGGAUGUUAUCCCUGUUGAACCUGACCAAGAAACAGUACAGGAAAGGGAAGAAGGACUGGAGGCUCCUAUUACUGAACAACCGGUGGUACGUCCUAAGGUGAGGGAAGCAUGCCUACCUAACCUUUCCAUUGAGGUACAAGGACCCCAAGGAAUAAUAUCAGGAGCCCAUACCCUGGCCGGAGAGUGGUUGCAAAGUCCUGUAGUAACAGGUAUGGCAGAGGGAUGUGGAGUUGGACCAACGGAAGAUGGUCGGAUGAUAACCCAGUGGCGGGAGCGACGUCCAAUGGAUGAGGAGGAGGAGGACUGGAGUUAUGCCACAGCCCCUGGCCAAACUGUAAUGGACCUGUUACGAGAGCAAUUUGGAGAAGGAGGGAUACCAGGAUGUGCCUUCAUGGCAGAGAUGGAUGCCCGGACCAGAAGCACCAUCAUGGUCACAAAUAGUUCCUCCUCUACUCACACAGCUUCAGGUCGGUUUAGGUUAACCAGUCCAAAAUUGAAACCCGAACCCACACGCAGUGAUCUAUAUCAGGGAAGGGUGGGGACACAAGGUAAUAGUCGUACUGUGGAUAAAUCACGGGGAGGGACCGGUGGGUCCUCAACGGUUCCAUCUCAAGGAUUGAGAUCAGCCCCUGGGGCCCCAUUCUCAAGAGGGCCAGACUCAAUUACAUCUGGAGCAGGAGCUUCAACAGGUCCUUCAUACACAACGGGGUGGGGUCCCGGACAAUGGCCACAGGGGUCUGUUUGGGGUCCUCCACCACUGAAUGUAACUUUUGAUGGAAAUCCUGAUAAACUAACCCUUUUGAGUCAAACAAUUGGGCAUAUGGAUAGAUAUGGCCACCUUUACCCUUCUCAAUGGGCCAUGGUAGGAGCAGUAACAGCAGCCCUACAGGGAAUGGCUUUAGAGUGGAUAGCCGACCUACAUACUGAUCAUGCCCGUGAGUUAGCAAGUGUUGGAGCAUUUCUGGGAGCCCUUCGAACCUGUUUUGAGGAUUUGUCUAGAAUCUGGAGGACAGAAGGAGAGGUUCUCAAUAUCAAACAACGGGGCCGGCCAGUUGCAGAGUAUGAGAAUUUCGAAGAGUAGUGAGUAAAUUAUGGACUUGGCCUGAGAGAUUAUUGAUACACAAUUCCAAGCAGGUCUAGACAGAGAGUUAAGACAAGCAUGUGUAUAUCGGGGUAUUCCGGGAAGAUUGCAAGAGUGGUUUAGAGUAGUCAUGGACUUAGAUACGGGCCUGCAGGAGUUCCGUCCUAAAAAUGAUAAUCAACUAGGUUUCCGUAGAAACUCAGGACAGGUCCGGCCAUUAGGUCCAAUAUCCGGCUCACCUGACGGAUCAUCUCGUGCAACAUUUCGUUGUUUCCGAUGCAACCUGCCAGGUCAUCGUGCUGCAGAGUGCAGGGAACCGCUUCCUAAAGGAGGGAUAGACGUGGUGGAAAAGAAAUCACCCAGGAAAUUCCCUGAAAGAUCGAGGGCUGCACAACAACGUGUCGAUAACCCAAAACCCUGAAGGGAGAGAUUAGCUAUCGAUGAAGGAAUCAGUGGAAUGGAACCCCCAUUAACUAUAUACCAUGAGGAUAUAAAGACACCAGAAGAUCCCAUGGUUUACCGUCCGCAAGACGUCUAGCAAAACUCUUUGUGACCCAUAUCUAUCGAUUACAUGGGGUACCCCGACGAAUAAUUUCGGACCGAGGAGUACAAUUCACUUCCCAAUUUUGGAAAAACUUCAUCAAGUUGAUUGGAUCAUCUCAAGGACUAAGUACUGCAUUUCAUCCCAACACGAACGGAGGGGCUGAACGUGCCAAUGCCAUGAUUGAAUGAUAUCUCAGAUGUUACGUUAACUAUCAGCAGACAAAUUGGGCUGAACUCCUACCGUUUGCAGAGGAGGACACUUGGCAAGGGGGCCGUAUGUCAAGCCCUCCCGGGCUUGACACACAAGACGGGGGGAACUGACCUAUGAAUUGAGAAGGAAGAGUGUACAGCAGCACGGCAUUUCCACAGAGUACAUGAGUGUGGAGCCUCCGACGAUAAUACGGAGCAUCGGCAGUUCUAAGGAGCAGGAACUGACAUGCACAGAAGGACUGUUACCUAUGCGCAGAGCCACCUCAAAUCCACCAAACAGCUGAUCAGCGGUGGAUUUGAAAUCAGCUGAUAGGCGGCGACCCGCGGAUUGCUUUGCUAGCGCAAGGCGUACUAAGGAGGAUUGAUUCGACGAGAAUGUUUUGAAACGCUGAUUGGAGGCCAGGAGGGUGGAGACGUUGGGUGUGGUAGGGAGACGUGGAUGAUUCGGGUGUGGUGCAGGUGGAGGUUAAUGAGCACGGGUGUGAUGAAGGUGUGGUCCAUAAUUGCAUAGGGUGGAGUGAAAACGUAAGUGUAUUUAACUAACACUGGGAGGCAGUUGCUCCCAGCGCAAACAUUGUAUAGCACAGAGCUGGUGCAACGCUUGUCUGUGUUAAACGUCAUUGCCUUUCCUUGAAGUAAACCGGAGGUGUUUUCACCCA